AUGAUGAUGAACCAAACCUUGGAUCUGGAUCUGCUGCAGCUGGAGGGGUUAAAGGUCACUCCCGAGACCUCCGUCCCCGCCUUCGUCAUCCUCCUCCUCAUCUACGCCUUCAUCAUGACGUCCAACAUCGGCCUGGUGGCGCUGAUCUCCAUGGAGACGAGCCUCCAUCAGCCCAUGUACCUGCUCUUCUGCAACAUGAGCGUCAACGACGUGUUCGGCGCCUCCACCAUCAUCCCCGCCCUGCUCAAGGACGUCUUCGUCCCGGCGUCGAACCGUUACAUCGGCUACACCCUGUGCGUGGUGCAGGCCUUCUGCGCUCACUUCUACGCCAGCGCCUGCCACGGCGUGCUCAUGAUCAUGGCCUUCGACCGCUACGUGGCCAUCUGCAGCCCGCUGCGCUACGCCACCAUCAUGACGGGCCGGAUGGUGGUGAAGCUGUCGCUGUGGUCGUGGGCGGCGUCCCUGGUCCUGGUGGCCGUCCUGGUGGGGCUGAGCGUGCGGCUGUCGCGCUGCCGGCGGGUCAUCAGCAACCCGUUCUGCGACAACGCCUCGCUCUUCAAGCUGUCCUGCGAGAGCGUGCUGAUCAACAACAUCUACGGCCUGGGCUACACCGUGGUGCUGCUGGGCUCGUCGCUGGGCGGCGUCACGCUCACCUACCUGCGCAUCGCCGCGGCGUGCCUGAGCACCAGGAGCAAGGCGCUGAACGGCCGCGCGCUGCAGACCUGCGCCACGCACCUCUCCCUCUACGUCAUCAUGUUCGUGUCCGGAGGCGUCAUCAUCGCCCUCCACCGCUUCCCGGCCCUGUCGGACCAGCGCAAGCUGGCGUCCAUCUUGUUCCACGUGGUCCCGCCGGCGCUGAACGCCGUCAUCUACGGCCUGCAGAUCAAAGCCGUCCGGCAGAAGAUCUUGGUCCUCUUCACCAGGAACACGGACGUUUAG